AACACGCCGAUUGGAAGUCUAAGGGAAUCGUAGGAUGGGCAUUAUGCCUAGUUGGGUUAUCGUUUCAAGGUCUGCUGUUGCCACUUUGCCUGGCAGAAGACACCUCUAUUCCAGAUGUGUUCUCUCCCCAAAUCAAGCAUGGAAACGUUUGCUUGCCAGAGGUCGUUCAAGUUGGUCUCCAGCAAGAUGCAGUUGCAAGGUCAAUGGCGCUUUCCCUCUGGGAAAAGCGUUCCGACAUACCUCCACAGAGGAAGAAGACUUGUCUUUUCACUUGACACCAUCACAGAUCAAUGAGGUCCUAAGGGCGAGCGAGUUGUCCUACACCGUCCCUGAAUUUGAUGGGAAAAAUCCCAGCUCAGUAUUGAAGUUCGAGUCCAACCACUUGGGAGCCAACGUGCCGAUGGAAGACCGGCGAAGUGCGGCAACCUGUUUGCAGACGAGGGGAAUGAUGUUCGGGGUCUUUGAUGGCCACGCUGGCUACGCCUGUGCUCAGUCGGUUAGUGAGAGGCUGUUUUCUUACCUCGCUGUUUCUCUUCUGCCUCGGCAAACGCUGGAAGAGAUUGAGUUGGCCAUGGAGUCUAUGAAACCGAUCCUGCCGAUCCUUCAGUGGCACAAACACCCCAAUGACAGCUUCUUCCAUGAGGUUGCCUCCCUGUACCUGGAGCAGCUCAGAGUGUAUUGGCAAGACUUACUGAACUUGGACACCGACCUUGGACUGACGAUAGAAGAAGCUUUGGUUGGUGCUUUUAAAAGGCUGGAUUCAGACAUAUCGCUGGAAGUUCAGGCACCUUCCCGAAACGAACUGCUGAAAAAUAUCGCUGUUCAGGUGGCUUUCUCGGGUGCGACGGCCUGCUUAGCUCAUGUGGAUCAGAUUCAUCUGCAUGUUGCAAAUGCUGGGGACUGCAGGGUGAUCCUGGGAGCUCAGAACCCCAACGGCACCUGGUCUGCUUUACCCCUUACCCGGGAUCACAAUGCUUUCAAUGCGUCGGAAAUCUUGCGGUUAAAAAGUGAACACCCAGCUUCUGAAGGGAGCACUCUCAUCCUGAACGACAGGUUGCUGGGAGUCCUUAUGCCUUUUAGAGCUUUUGGAGAUGUCAUGUUCAAGUGGAGUCAGGAGCUGCAGCAGAGCAUCCUUAAAAACCGCUGCAACCUGGAGGAUUUAAACAUCUAUGAGUUCGUCCCUCCAUGUUAUCACACACCCCCUUAUUUGACUGCUGAGCCAGAGGUCAUUUACCACAAAAUCAGGCGGCAGGAUAAGUUCCUGGUUCUUGCUUCUGAUGGCCUGUGGGACAUGUUGAGUAAUGAAGAGGUGGUCCAGCUCAUUGCAAGCCAUACGGUUGAAGCUGAUGGUCAGAAAACGGAGCUCACUUUUAAGAAACCAACCAGCUUGGGGUAUGUGCAAGACCUGCUACUUCGGAGAAAGGCCCGGACUGACCAGCCCUGUGACCGGAAUGUGGCAACCCAUCUCAUCCGACAUGCCAUUGGCACCAAUGAGUAUGGGGAGAUAGACCAGGAAAAGCUCAUCGCAAUGUUGACUCUUCCUGAUGACUUAGCACGCAUGUAUAGGGAUGAUAUCACCGUUACAGUGGUCUACUUUAAUUCAGAUGUAAUUGAUAGAUACUAUCAAGACGAUGAAGAAAGAUCCUGAGUUCACUUCACUUCAAAUUCCCAGAAACAUUCUUGUAGGAGAGCCCAUGGAAGUCUCUUUCCUGGCUUCAGGAGACCGAGUUUAGUUCCUGUAAGGCCUUGGAUUCCUAUAAAAAUUAAUGAAUUUUUGGCUCGUAAAAUCAU